AUGCAUUGGACACUCGACGAUUAUAAUAAUUACUAUAAAGAUGAAACUGUUUUCCCGUACUUUAAUGCAUAUUAUAGGUUCAGAGAUCAAGUUUAUUAUAAUAUUACAGAGUCCGUACGUAUUGCCAAUGAGUUAUUAUUAUAUCAGUUCGAUAAUAACACUGAAAAUAUAUUUUAUUUUCUUACUGAUUUAAUCAACGUUUUAGAUAAAAGAAUACCAAAAUGUAACACAUUGGCAAUACUUACACCACCUAAUGCGGGUAAAAAUUAUUUUUUUGACGCAGUCACUUCUUCUUUCAUUAACUAUGGUUUUCUUGGUACGGCAAAUAAAACUAACAAUUUCGCUUUCAUGGAAGCAGCCGGUAAACGGUUGGUUUUAUGGAACGAGCCGAAUUACGAAGCUCACCACGUCAAUGAAUUAAAAGCGUUAUUAGGUGGUGAUUCUUGUCGUAUUUCAGUUAAGUACAAAUCAGAUCAGGCACUUCAAGGUUCUCCUAUUAUUAUUUUAACAAACGAUAAUUUAUCUAUAUUUGGUAUGUCGGCCUUUCAACCGAGAAUUAAUUGGCAAAAAUUAUUGUAUAAUUGGCAAAGUGCACCAUUCCUUAGAAAUUAUGAUUAG